AUGGCCCAAAAGAUAGCACCCGUUUGGGUUCACCCCAGCCCUCAUCUUACGGUCCUCGACGCCUUUAGGCGGCACGUCAACCAGCGAUACCACGUGUUCCUACCAGACUAUGCAUCACUGCAUGGAUGGACCAUCGAGAACAUGGAAUUGUUCUACCAAGAGCUGUGGAACUUUAGCGGGCUCGUCACGUCGAAGCCGCCGCUGAAGGUAGCCAACUCUCUUGCCUCCAUGUGGCCGAGGCCGCAAUGGUUUCCCGGAGCCGAGAUGAAUUUCACCGAGAAUCUGCUGGCAACCGGUCUCGCCGCUCAUCCAGACAUGAUUGCAGUCUCUGCAUGUCGCGAAGGGGGGAAGGAUUGGAGGCACUUGAAUUGGAAACAGUUGCGAGAACUUGUCGCCUCUUAUACUACUGCAUUUAGAAAUGCUGGCGUUGUAAAGGGAGACCGUGUUGCAGCGAUCGUAACCAACUCCCUUGAGGCUUUACUCAUCGCACUCGCUGCCGGUGCUGUUGGAGCUAUUUUUUCGUCCGCGUCACCCGAUAUGGGACCAAAAGCCAUUGUCGAGAGAUUUGUCCAGAUUCAACCAAAGAUUAUGUUCAUUGAACCUCACGUGUUCUAUGCGAACAAAAGCCGGAACCUGAGGGAUCGUCUUAGUGGCGCCGUCGAGGAGCUCAAGGCCAAGGUUUCAUGCCUAGACAAGGUCAUCGUCGUCAAUGAUCCUACCUGGACGCAAGGCGGACUCAUUGCUCUCGAGAUAUUUCUCGAUGUCCCAGCCCAGCCCCUCGAAUUUGUUCAAGUAAUGUUUGAUCAUCCCAUAUACAUUUUGUUCACUUCUGGGACCACGGGCAGCCCGAAAUGUAUCUGCCACUCUGGGGGAGCAGCCCUCCUAAAGAACAAGCUCGAUUUGGCAAUGAAUAUGGACAUGGGAAUAGGCUCUACAUACUACCAGUACACAACUACUGGCUGGAUGAUGUGGAAUGUGCUCAUUGGCGCACUGAGUCUUGGAUCAAGGAUCAUCUUGUACGAUGGAAGUCCUCUCCAUCCAAGCCCCUCCCAUCAACUCAGCCUGCUCGAAAGCCAAGGGGUAACCCAUUGGGGUACCAGCCCAAAAUUCCUUGGCGCACUGAAAUUUGACCCAGCAAGCACUCAAAUCGCAAGGCGCUUGGAGGGCCUCCAGAAUGUCCUCGUUGCCGGCUCUCCGCUCGCGACUAGUCUUGUCGACUGGUUCUAUGCGGAUAGAUUCCCAAGUCACAUAGGUCUACAAAAUAGUUCUGGCGGCACCGAUCUCGUGGGAGCGAUUGUUGGCGGCAACAACCUAUCACCUGUCAACGGGAAUGAGUUAGCUGCCCCAGUGCUGGGCAUGAAGGUUGAAAUCUGGGAUCUCGGGGGUAGUGUAGCGGAAGACUCAUCAAACGAACAGGGUGAGCUCGUCAUUACAAGGCCUUUCGUCAGCAUGCCGAUCAAGUUCUGGGGCGACGAUGCAAAAGACAGCAAAUACUUCGAUACGUACUUUGCACUCAACCACGGCGUUUGGAGCCACGGCGAUUCUAUUUCGCGAAACCCUGUUACAGGAGGGUUUUCUCUACACGGACGCAGUGACGGGGUCCUUAACCCAGGAGGCAUCCGCUUUGGUACGGCUGAGCUGUAUGACGUGAUCAGUCGCUUUCCAGAGAUUGAAGACUCAGUAGCUGUGGGCCAGCGUGUCAAGGUAGAAAGCGACCGAGAAGAAGAGAGGGUCGUCAUGUUUAUCAAAAUGAGGAGCCCAAGUGCGAUUUUGGACGCCUCACUGCGGUCUAGAAUCACACAGGGUAUUCGCCAGACGCUAAGCGCCCGACACGUACCGGAGGAGAUCUGGCAAGUGAAGGAUAUACCUUAUUCGAUGAAUGGGAAGAAGAUGGAGAAGGUUGUGAAGGGUAUUAUUUGCGGAGAAAAGAUCACCUGGGGCUCAAUUGCGAACCCGGAGUGCCUCAAUGAGUUCGCAAAGUUCGUGCCUCACAAAACCAACGCGGCUCGAUUGUAA